UUAACAAUAUCACGUUACUGUAAUAUUUUUGAGAGGCUGGGAGAAGAGUAGAGAAAGGAAAGGAAAAGGAGUUGGAAAGAGGAAAAAAGGGAGGAGAGCGAAAAGCGAGAGAAAGAAGGACAAAUCUUUCACUUUCUCUGCCACAAGGAGGCUCCCAAUCGUGCAACAGCUUCUGAAAGUAUUCCCGAUGAUCUCUAGAUAAAAUUUCAAAAUAAAAUGUUCCAGUAUAAUCUAUCCAACUUGAUAAUAUCCAGCUUAAUAAUAAACUAUAGCGAUUUGUGGUAGUCUGCAUUGUUUAUUUCAUUCUGCAUUUUCUUAUGAAUAAACAAUCAUGUGAUUGCAUCGAACGAAUCAUAAAAUAAUGCACAAAGCGUACAAUAAAAUAACGCAAACAAAUCGUUCUAACAAAAACAAAUUUUAUUCAGUAUAUCAAAGAUAUGUUUUAUGAAGUAAAAUCACGAAAAUUUGACAGUGAAAAGAAAAACAAAAAGUAUUCAUGAACUUAAUUGUUUAAAAAACACACAAGAUUAAUAAAAGGAUUCAAAAGCACGACCAGUGAAAGAUGGGCGUCGCGACAAUAAUCAGUGCCGCUAUAAAAACUGCCACCGUCUUCUUUGGCAUUGGCAAGAUUACUAUAAUUCCAGCACUGAUUAUAGCGCUCGCAUACUUUAAUUACGAUCUCAUAGAUCCGGAGAAUCAUCCACGUGUAACGAAGGAGUUGAAAAAAAGUUACGACUUUGUUGUAAUCGGCGGCGGUUCGGCCGGCAACGUGGUCGUUAACAGGUUGACCGAAAAUCCCGAAUGGAAUGUGUUGUUACUGGAGGCCGGAGGCCACGAGACCGAGAUAACUGACGUGCCAAUACUGUCUCUGUUCUUGCAUAAAACUAAAAUGGAUUGGCAAUAUCGCCCUCAACCGCAAGACACGGCCUGCCAAGCUAUGGUCGAUCAUCGAUGUUGUUGGACCAGGGGCAAGGUCCUUGGAGGAUCUAGUGUUUUAAAUACAAUGCUGUACAUUCGUGGCAAUCGACGUGAUUUUGAUCAAUGGGAAAGUUUCGGAAAUCCUGGUUGGGGAUAUGAAGACGUCCUUCCAUAUUUCAAAAAAUCACAGGAUCAAAGAAAUCCAUAUUUAGCACGCAAUACAAAAUAUCAUAGUACAGGGGGAUAUCUAACCGUGCAGGAGAGUCCUUAUGUCAGUCCAUUGGGCAUAGCGUUUCUUCAGGCUGGUGAAGAAAUGGGUUACGAUAUUCGUGACAUUAAUGGCGAACAGCAAACCGGUUUUUCGUUGUUCCAAUUUACAAUGCGACGGGGUACAAGAUGUAGCACUGCCAAGGCAUUUAUACGACCUAUUCAACUGAGAAAGAAUUUCCAUCUUUCCAUGUGGAGCCACGUAACUCGGGUGCUGAUAGAUCCGCAAAGCAAGAAAGCACAUGGAGUAGAAUUUAUCAGAAAUGGUCAUAAAGAGGUGGUAUUUGCCAAAAAGGAGAUAAUUCUCUCCGCCGGCGCUAUCAAUAGUCCACAAUUAUUAAUGCUUUCGGGUAUAGGACCACGUAACCAUCUAGAGCAACUAGAAAUUCCUGUAAUUCACAAUUCGCCCGGAGUCGGACAGAAUCUACAGGACCACAUAGCAAUCGGAGGACUUGUUUUUCCAAUUGAUUAUGAGGUUGGUAUUGUAAUGGAUCGAAUGGUAACCAUCAACUCGGCACUGAAAUAUGCUAUCACUGAGGAUGGUCCAUUGACGUCCAGUAUCGGUCUCGAAGCAGUUGGUUUUAUUUCUACCAAAUAUGCCAAUCAGACUGAUGACUGGCCCGACAUCGAGUUCAUGAUAACGUCUUCGGGGAUCAGUUCCGCUGGUAGAAAUGCAAAAGAUGCUCAUGGUUUAACAGAUGAAUUUUACAACGAAAUGUUCGGUAAAAUCAACAAUCGCGAUGUCUUUGGAGUAUUUCCAAUGAUACUCAGGCCCAAGUCGCGUGGCUAUAUUAGACUGAAAUCCAAAAACUCUUUGGAUUACCCUCUACUUUAUCAUAAUUAUCUCACUCAUCCAGAUGAUGUGGCAGUGCUUCGCGAAGGUGUAAAAGCGGCAGUUGCUUUCGGCGAAACAAGAACUAUGAAGAAAUUUGGCUCUAGAUUUCAUAGCAAACCAGUACCCGACUGCAAGAAUUUUUCACUUUACACUGACGAAUACUGGACAUGCAUUUUGCGGAUUUAUACUUUGUCUAUAUAUCAUAUGAGUUGCAGUGCUAAGAUGGGUCCUCCCAGUGACCCCAUGGCGGUCGUGGAUCCAGAGCUCAGGGUUUAUGGAAUCGAGGGUCUACGAGUUAUCGACGCGUCAAUCAUGCCAGCUAUUACCAGCGGCAACAUAAAUGCACCCGUUAUCAUGAUUGGCGAAAAAGGCGCCGAUUUAAUAAAGGCAACGUGGAUGCGUUCGUCCCAUUUCGAGAGAAGCAACAUCACUGCCGCUGCUUCUUGAUACCUCAAUCGAUUUAAUAAUAUAUUGUGUAAUAUAAUGUAGUUAAUAACUCGAUUCUGCAAUCGUUUUACCCUGCGCUUUCUCUGUAAUCAUUAGUAUCAACAAUUAAGUUGACUUUAUUCAAUUAAUUUUAUUUUUUUUAUUAUUAUAUUUAUCAUUUAUUAUUAUUCUAGCAGUAAUAUAUUACAUUUAUUUUUUCUUCAUCAAUCAAGAUCAUCAAACCCACUAAGAAUCAAUAGAAAUUUAAAUAAAAUCCCUUUCUAUAUUUAUUAUAAUUAAAGAUAUUCUAGGAUUCAGAAUUUUUCUCUUGAUUUUUUAUAUCAUUAAUCUUGAAUACC